AGGAAAAUGGCAUCGAGUGGUAAGAGAGUCGCUCAGGUUGAAAUCAAGGCAAAGGGUGACGUUUUUCAUGACUUAUGGAAGGCAAACCCGCACCACAUUCCUAACUUGAGCCCGACUUUAGUGCAGAACUGUCAAACCCAUGAGGGUGAACCCGGAACCGUGGGCUCUGUCCUCCAUUGGAACUAUUUCCAUGAUGGAAAAGACUGUGUUGCAAAAACAAAAAUCCUUGCCAUUGACGAGGAGAAAAAGUCAAUCAACUUUCAGAUAGUUGACGGAGAUUUCCUCAAACUUUAUAAGAGCCUUUAUGUCAAUCUUCAUGUGGAUACCAAGGGUUCAAAACACGUGGUCACAUGGACCGUCGAGUAUGAAAAGUUAAGCCCUAAUGUUCCUGACCCGGACACAUUCAUGGAGUUCUACAAAAGGCUCACUAAGGAUAUUGAGACUAACCAUCUCUAGAGUCAAACAAGUCGAAGUCAAAUACCGUACGAGUAGUACGUGAUACUAAAUAAUUGACUUUGAGUGGCUGAAUGUUGUAUUUCCUUAUGUCUUUUGUAUGUUUCAAUUGUGUUUCAUGCUUUAAUAUGUAAAAUAUAUGAUGUGUGUUGUUUUA